AUGUUAAAGCUCUUUACGAUCCUCUCUCUCGUGGCCCUAGCGGCCGGAAAUCCGAUAGCGCAGACAUUCAAUGAACUAGUUCAGAGAAUGGAUGGCCGUAUCGUGGGCGGUGAAGAAACAACCAUCUACGUGGCACCGUAUCAAGUGAGCUUGCAAGUAUCCGGCUAUCAUAUUUGCGGGGGUAGCAUAAUCGCCUCGAACUGGGUGGUAACCGCUGGACAUUGCGCCACGUACUCGGCCAAGUCCUACAAAAUACGUACAGGCUCGACCAACGUCUACUCCGGCGGCGCGGUGCACCGGGUUGAACAAGUGAUCAGGCACAAAGAUUAUAAGAGCAACAGCAACGGUAUCCCUGUCAACGACAUCGCACUAUUCCGUAUAGCGAAAUCCGACGCGUUCAAGUUCAACGACGCCCGGAAACCGGUACCACUGUACCAGGGAAAUUCCAACUCUCUCGUGAACAAAAACGCAUUGAUCACGGGCUGGGGAAAAACCGAGACGGAAACACCAGUGACACUUCACAAGGUUUCGGUUCCUAUAAUCGCGACAAAGAAAUGCAGCAAAGCAUACGAAGAGGUCGGUGGAGUUCCCAAGGGAGAAAUUUGCGCUGGCUUGGCGGAGGGAGGCAAGGACUCGUGCCAAGGAGACUCUGGUGGCCCCCUGGUCAUCAAUGGCGAACUGGUCGGAAUCGUCUCCUGGGGAAUGGGAUGCGGAACUGCUAACUAUCCAGGUGUCUACACCGACGUCUCUUAUUACCGUCAAUGGAUCAAGCAAAACAGCGGAGUCUAA